CGAGGAGGCUGCCUUGAAACAAGUGAAUGUCACGUGGCUGUCUAACUGUCAUGCUUCCCUCACUUCCGGAGUUACUGGCAUUUCCGUUGUCAAAUUGAUACAAGACUAGAGCGGUUGGAUCCCUGUGGAUUUAAUUUAAUUGAAUUUGUGAAUAAAACGAGAUGGCAGAGGAGACUGCAGAUGAAAAGAAACUGGUUGCCAAGUUUGAGCUGGAUAGAGAGACUGAACUCCGCUUUGAAGUUGAGGCCUCACAAACUGUCCAGCUAGAACUUAUGACAGGCAUGGCUGAAAUCUUUGGAACCGAGCUGACAAGAAACAAGAAAUUCACCUUUGAUGCUGGUGCUAAAGUUGCUGUAUUUACCUGGCAUAGUUGUUCUGUGCAACUAACUGGUCGGACUGAAGUAGCUUAUGUCUCCAAAGAUACGCCCAUGCUUCUCUACCUCAACACUCACACAGCUCUGGAGCAAAUGCGGUGGCAGGCUGAGCGUGAAGAUGAGCGGGGACCUCGGGUGAUGGUGGUGGGCCCCACAGAUGUAGGCAAGUCAACGGUCUGCCGCCUGCUAUUGAAUUAUGCUGUGCGUCUUGGACGCCGGCCCACAUUUGUGGAACUGGAUGUAGGCCAGGGCUCAAUUUCAAUCCCAGGCACUAUGGGAGCACUCUAUAUUGAACGACCUGCAGAUGUUGAAGAAGGAUUCUCUGUUCAAGCCCCCCUGGUUUAUCAUUUUGGGUCUACCACACCUGGCACAAACAUCAAGCUCUAUAACAAAAUCACAUCUCGCUUGGCUGAUGUGUUUAAUCAGCGCUGUGAAGUGAACCGCAGAGCUUCAAUCAGUGGCUGUAUCAUCAAUACGUGUGGCUGGGUAAAGGGAUCUGGAUAUCAGGCACUUGUACAUGCUGCUUCUGCUUUUGAAGUUGAUGUUGUUGUAGUGUUGGAUCAAGAACGCCUCUACAAUGAAUUGAAACGCGAUCUGCCUCACUUUGUUCGAACCGUGCUACUUCCCAAAUCAGGUGGAGUGGUAGAGCGUUCUAAAGAUUUCCGGCGGGAGUUUCGUGAUGACCGCAUACGUGAAUACUUCUAUGGCUUCCGAGGGUGCUUCUAUCCACAUGCUUUUGAUGUCAAGUUCUCUGAUGUUAAGAUAUAUAAAGUGGGAGCGCCCACUAUCCCUGACUCAUGUCUGCCUUUGGGCAUGUCACAGGAAGACAAUCAACUCAAGCUAGUCCCAGUUACACCCGGCCGUGACAUGGUUCAUCAUCUAUUAAGCGUUAGUACUGCUGAUGGCACCGAUGAGAACAUCUCUGAGACCAGUGUGGCUGGUUUCAUUGUGGUAACUGGAGUAGAUCUGGAACGCCAAGUGUUCACAGUGCUUUCACCAGCACCACGCCCGUUGCCAAAGAAUUUCCUGCUCAUCAUGGACAUUCGUUUCAUGGAUCUCAAGUAGAGUCCAGACUGGAAAAGCUCCACCAAAUUCCCAGUAGCUCUUUUACAAAUAAAAUUACAAUUUUAAAUGGAAUAAUUGCCGUACAGAAUGGAGGUAACAGAAAAGAGGCAUAAGAAGUGAGUAGAGAAGAAGUUGAGUCAUUUGAAAGGGAAAAAAAUCAGUUCUAUUUUUUAUCAUUUAUUAGAAAGAAUUCUCAAACAUGUAUCUGAGAAGAUUCAUAGAUUUUGGCUCAUGAAAAAUAUAAUAGAUAAAAGAAUUGUGGUCUUGGAAACUACUUGGUUUGUAUUUUUCUGUGAGCCUCUUUUUCUGAAAUGGAUUUUGUCUAAUAUGUUCAUUCUAUAGGCAUCCAUCCAAAAUGUGUAAACAUGGAAGUAGUUAGUGAUUUACAUUUUGAAUAAUCCCUCUGUCACUGACCUCCCCAUAUUGAUGGAGAAUAUUUGAAGAAUGGAUGUAUUUACAUUCUGCAGGCGUAAUUAGAAAAUUUUGUAGGUUUAGAAACUUUAUUUGCACUGAGGUUCCAAUUCUUAAAAACUGUAAUUGUAGUUUAAAUUCAGUUAUUCUCCAUCAUUCUGAGAAAGCUGGAGCAGAGUUUGUGAUUCCAGUUCUCUUCAUAUUACAGACCAUUUUUUUAAAGUCUGAAUCUAUUCUCUUUCAAUAAAUUCCAAAAAUACGAGUAGCAUUGUAUUUGUGUUCCUGUCUAUGUAACACAAUGAUUUCUAGGACCCAUAAGAAUUGAAUUUACAAAAAGAGAUCUUACAAUCUUGCAAGUUGUUUUGACUUUGCACUAUAUUAAUUAACUAUUACAUGCAAAAAAAACCCAUGAACAGAUUUCACAGUGUUCAAAUAGCCAAGAUAUUCCCCUUUGUCCCUUCUUUCUUAAUAGUAACAAAAAUCCUCUCAUCAUCAGAUGACUCAGGAGGAUUCCCUGCUGAUCCAGUAAAUUAUUAUUUACUGAACUUCAGCAGCAUCUUAAAACAACUCUUGACAAAAUGCUUGUUCUUCCUAGAUCUAUUUAAUACUCUUCUCAUUAGAUAAAACUCACUAUUCUUCUCUGUUAAAUAAAGAUAAUUUUAUUUAGCUACCCAGGUGGGACUGAAAUCCAAGAAAUAAACAACUUUAACUUGGA